AUGAGUUCCCCGGAUAAGGUGUCUGUUUCCGAGUCCGAUUUCGGCCUGGAGGGCGGGGAGCGGGCCAGCGUCCGCCCGGCCGGCCGCAGAGCCCCACGGGGCCCCGGCCUAGGCCUGGAUCUGGGGACGCCGAGGAGCGGCGAGGGCGUGGGCGCGCUGGCAGACCCCGAGGGCUUCGAGGCUGAGCAGGAAUUGAUAGAGGAGGGAAGGACCGUGCUUUGGGGCCGGGAAGGCCGGCCCGGCACCCCGACUGACGAGAUGGGAAAUGAUCCGGACUACGAGUCCCUCCUGGCUGACGACUGUGCGGCCAUCGUGCAGCCUCUGAGCCACUGGGCUAUCCGGGGCGUCCGCAGACACCCGUGCUCAGAGGGCCGUGACACCCAAGUGUCCACCGUUUGGCCGCACCCAGGGGCCGGUCUCAGCGGUAGCGGCGCGAUGGCCACCUCUGCCGCCCCUGCCCGCCCCAUCGGGCCCCGGAAAGUCCGGGCCCCCGGGAUCCCAAAAAGAGGCGCUAAAAGCAAACUGAGAGUCGGCAGAAGGAUUGUCCAUCGGCCCUACAAGGAAGGCCUGGUCCAGCCGCCUUCCGACCCCGAGCCAACAGAUGAGUUCAGUGAGGUGCCGAUGAGGGUGAGCAUUCACCCCAAAGCAGGAGUCCAAGGGGAGCCCAGCAGCGCCGAGGAUCCUGGGGACACACCCAGACACUCGAGUUUGCUUGUCAGGGAGGAUAUCCUCUGCAAACCAGGCUCUUUCUUGUCCUCUCCUCCUCGAGGACUCACUUCAGGCAUGGAAAGGCAGGUCAGCGGACAGCUGGACAGCUCUUCCUCUGAGAAAAUGCAGAGUGUGGUGUGGGGGAAGGCAGGGAGCAGGCCCAGCUUCCCAGGAGCUGCUGCUGCUGCUGUGGGCAGCCUGCCCCGGGCUGUUCCUAGGAAGAAGGAGGCCCAGGGGAACAAGUGCCUAGGGGAUGCCUCGAACUUGGCCCUGGGGAGAGCCUUUCCUCCAUGGGGGCAGAGACUCUCUGCAGUUCCCCUGGAACCAGCCACUUUGCCGCCAAUCACUGGUGUUCCGCUGCUCGGGAGGUCCAAGAGGUACUCCUUGCUCUCAUCGGGACCCAAAGACUCCAAGCACAGCAGCACUGGGAAGAAAUGUGGGGUGAGGAAGGCAAAGGAUUCCAAGCCUGUGGCCCGAGAUGAUAAUGACCCAAAUAGAGAUCUGGACCCAAAGGCACAACUUCAGACGCCCAGGCCAGGGCCACCUUGCCAGCACAUGCAUCCUGGAGAAUUCAGCAGUGGUGACCAGAACACGAGGGCCCCGCAGGUUCCAAGAAACUCACAGGCCUCGGCCUUGCGCCAAGGAGGCGCCACGACCAGAGGCCCUGCACCCUCCAGUGACCAGGAGCCACCUGUCCAUGCCCCAAGAGCGGAAAGGCAGCAGCAACCACCGGGAACACAGGGCUGUCCUCUGUGUGCCGCUCUGGAGAGAGACAUACAGGACCUUAAGGAGCAGCUAGUCAACCUCUUUACUCAUGUGGCCAUAAAAGGUACAGCCCAGGCCUUCCUCACUUCAGACAUGACCCUGUGCCGUGCGGUCCCUGGCCCCAGCCUCAUGACCUUUGCCUCACUUAACUCCAGCGGGCCCCGGCUUUCCUCUGGUCCGCGCUGCUACUGCGUCAGCCAGGAAGCUGCGGGCUACAAGUAA